AUGAACAGGCUGCACUGGUACUCCUUCAGCGUCUGCUCCCUGCUCGAAAUUUCGCCUGAAUCGCCGCGUCCAUCCUCCCCCUCAGGUACAGACUCGAGUCGAUCGUCUCCAGACCCCCCGAAAACGACGCCGCCCCCCCCGUCAGCUCCCUCUCCACCCUCCCCAACUCCCCUCGCAGCGUGUCCGGCACCGCCGACAGCUGCAACAUCCGUGAACGGCGACAAAAACGCCAACACCGACUGGCGAAAGUCGCUCACCUUGUUCGCCAACCCAAAAAACAUGUUCACCUUGAUCGUCGUAGAAUUCGACGACUUCCUCAGCGACCCACCUAUCCCCACCAACUUGUUCAGCAACGGACUCCCCGUGCUCUCCAGCGCCACCGUGCUCGACGCGUACGGCUUCGUCGGCCUCGCGCCCCCCGUGUACAUCACCGGCUUCUUCGGCGCCCUCCCAGCUCCGGACCCGUCCCCCUCCUGCGCCAUCACGCUCGUCCUCGACGGCCUCUCCAUCAGCCCAGGCCCCGGCACCGGCAACUCGCCACUGUGCUGCAAAAACCCAAUCUGGUACAGCGCCAACUGCGCUAUGAUCUUCGUCUCCACCUCCGCCCUCACGUUCACCGGCGCCGCCUCCCACUCCCUGGCAAACCCCGGGAACGCCUCCUUCAACACCCCCAAAAACUGCUCGCCGACUCCGUCAACGGCGACUCCGUCAACGACGACUCCGCCAACGACGACUCCGCCAACGACUCCGUCAACGACUCCGCCAACGACGACUCCGCCAACGACUCCGUCAACGGCGACUCCACCUCCCUCUUCUCCGCCACCGACUCCUCCAACGUCUCCUCCAUCUCCGACUCGCUCAUCGUCUCCGCGUCCCCCUCCUCCUCCGUCGUCACCCCGUCCUCCUCCCCCUCCGUCCCCCUCCUCCUCUUCCUCACCUCGCUCAUGUAACUCUCCAACUCCCCCACCGCCUCGUCCAACUCCU